AUGUCCUGGAACAGCAAGAUGGAAACUUAGCAACCGGGUGGCCCGAGCUUGGCGCUUGCCGUGGCGGAGACGUAGGUCUGCCCCGCACCCGGCGCCCCCUCACAUCGCACAGUGGCGAAGGACGGAGAAAGAGGAGCGGGGCUAAAGAAAAACAUGACGGAAAACCUGAGACGCGACACCCUCGUCCUCUGAACGGCUCUUUUCUGUGUCCGUGGGCCCUCUGUCGAGGCUUCCGCCGGCCUAAAAUUGGUGCUUGCGAAGGGGCGGGGGGAGUGGCCGACGCAGCGUCGGGGUUACGCGAGCCCGGGGCUUUGCGGCCUGGCGUCCACUCCCCCUCGAUGGCGCAGGAGGAGCGGAUGGAGGUGGACCAGUGCGGCUGCGCGGCGGCCGGCGGGGCAGUGCCGGCUGGUGGCGGGGGUGCACCGGCAUUACGCAGGUCCAAUAGCGCCCCAAUGAUCAGCAACAUCAGUGAUUCUUCGCCAGUGUUUCAGCCAACCCCUCUCCGAUGCCGAAGAAGCAGUGCCUCAGUAAAUCUUGGCUGCCCAAGCUUGUCUUUCCCGCUGUCACCAUUCCGAACCGUCAACAGUCGGAUUGACCAGAUUCGGCAGGAGGAGAGCAUGGAUGUGAUGAAUCGAGAGACUGCACAUGAGAGAGGGAUACACGCAGCCAUGCAGAUGAGCUGCUCAUGGGAGGAUGGUUUUACACUGUGUGACCAGAUGGUGACUGCUGAGCAUGAAGACCGGGUCCUGACCCUGCAGAGGGACGAUAUUUUCCCCCUUGCCCCUUCUCCGACACGGGUCGGCAAGCAGUACUUCUCAUCAUCCCAGCCAAUCCUGAUACCCAAAGGUGGCAUCACACCAAAUUCCUCUCCAAGUCCUACACGACGCUUUGGAAGCAGGAGAUGUGUCAGCCCAAGUGUUGCUAUACGACCCAGUGCCUUGGGACCGCUGAAGAGGAAGGGUGACAUGGAAGUGGAUUCUCCUCCAAAGAAGUUAUUUGUUAGCGGCGUCCCUGGACUUGGAACUGCUGAGACCACCCUGCUAAGACCAUUACUCUCGCAUAGCCUGGAAAGUGUGAACAGCAGCCCCCCUCAGACCGUUCCUCCAUCAGGGCCUGAUGUUGCAGCCUCGCCGUCCGUCCCGGAGAUCAAUUUCCCCUCACCGUUUGCCUCCGUGGCUCAUCCACCUGGAAUGUGAACCGAGAGGACAAUCGCCCAUAUUCCAAGCGAUGGGAUUACAUGAAGCACUUUGUUAGAGGACGUUGUAUAAUAGCAUUCCUAAUCAGUAUUUUAUAGUCAAUUGUAUAGUUCGUUAGUGAGAAAAGAAACACCAUUAAAGGUGGCCAGUGAUUUGGGAGCAGAGCUCUCGCUGCUGCCUGCCCACUUGGGUUGGAGCACCACAGUCCAUUGGUGGAACUGCCCUAACCAAUUGACAUGUUGGGUUUGGACCUCGUGCCUGCCCGUUGUAUAUACCACUGUAUAGAUUACUGGUGAAGACAAAUUGAGUGCUGUGAGGCUGUGAAGCUGCUCUGCCCUCUGUAUAUACGUGCCAAUAGGGUUGGAGACCAGGUUGAUCGACAUUAAUCAUUGACAGAAUGGAACAGUGUUCUGCGCAUGUGCGUGCAUGCGCACACACCUAUAUAUACACAUACACACAUACAUAAACAUCAGAAAGCUGCACGUUUGGGGCAGUCAUUCCUCUGAUACUGAAUAAGCCUUACUGGUGACACUAUAGUGCUCCAUCCUUCAAGGACAGCCUGGUUGCUGUGGUGGCCCUGGGACAUUCUGCGCGCAUUGAAAGGAUGUGCAUAGAGUAACAAGACACACGAGAGGCAUCCUUCACUUGCUUACAGAAACUGAUGCAGCUUUCUGUUGCUUCUUUCUAUGAAGUUGAUUUCCUGAAUCAUUUAACCAAAAACUUGCAUAUUAUUUGGAUCAUUUUCUGUCUUGGCCUCAUUUGUCCUGCUGAAUUACAAGAGUCGGGCUGUUGGCUCCCAUGACAGUGGUAACCGUGUAAUCAUUUUGAGGUACAGUAAGGUUCCAUGCCAGUUGUAACCUACGGUAAUUGUGCUCCACAAACAGUGUUAAUUAUCCUCAUAAUUUACAGUGGUUCCCUGUUGAAAAAAUGUUUCAGACUUGUUCAUUUCUUCCUACCUGGGAGCAUGUUCUUCCACCCCCCUCCCCCCACAAUGGAAACUCUUGUUCAGCUUGUGAGAGGCCAUGCAUUUCUGCUCUCCUGUUGUCCCACCCCCUAUUAAUGUGGUUAUUGCUGUACCCACACUGUUAAAAUAUUAUUAAUUGGUUAAGUUCUGGUAGUGAAAGCUAUUGAAGGUCCACAAGGAGGGUACUGCAUAUAGGUGCAGGAGCCACUUUGCUCGAAUGUAGUGGCCAAGGGCAGAAAAAUUAGCUGUACGUGGAUUUCUAGGAAGUGGUUGACAGAACCUGAAGUCCUAUCCUUAAAGAAAGUGCUUGCAAUUUGGCAUCUUUCAAUUAAUUCAGUGAAAUUUUUGAUUGUGGAGGUCCAUGUCAGGAAAGGUUGGAAUUUGUUGACUAGUAAUAGGAAAGCUGCCCUCUCAAGAACAGCUGGGGUCAGUGCCAUCUCAUGGUCAGUUGUAAAACUUGCACUUUUUAAUAGAUGCAGUACAUUCACUUUGUGGAAUCUUCAAUUGUGGAGGCCCUCACCAGGAAAGGUUGGAAUUUCUUGACCAGUCCUAGGAAGGCUGCUCUCUCUUAAGAGCAGGUGAGAUCAGUGUCAUCUCAAGGUCAGUUGUCAUAUGACGAUCGUUGCAGUGUAGAACUACACACAUCUGGACUACCAUGGUAUUUUCUCUGCUGCCUGUUUAGAUUUUUUUUUGUAGACCACUUUAGCGGGUGGUACUGUCACUUGCUGCUGAAGCCCUGAGUUGCUGGUCAGACUUCAGGAUGUGGUUGAUGAUUAAUCCUCUCAGCUGUAUCUGCACCGUUUGCAGUUCUGUAGCAAGCCACUGGUAUCUGCUUGAUUAGAAGUAGAUAGCUGCAGCUGAAAUGCUGAAAGCCUUGAGAGGUUGGUUCUCCAGCACCAUCUGAGGCUGAGCAGGUGAUUGGCAGAUAGUUCCUGUAGAUGCUAAAUCUGAGGUACUGGCUCGUUGCCCCUAUUUUAUACCAAAGCCUCUUGGGAGAAGCAUGGAGUAAAUUCAAGAAGAAAGUAAUCAGUGUUUUUUUUUGAUUAUCUUGAUGCCUUUCUGUGCUUAGAUUCCACUCACUUGCUGCUUAAGAUUGUACAGCACCCAGGUGUUAUCAGCUAGUACUGUGUCAUGCCAGUUAAUGUGCUGUACCUCAAAGGGUUAAAGAAAUGAUUCUUUAGAGAAUCACUGAAUAUGGAUGACACAGUAUAUGAAGAAAAUAAAUCAUCAUUGGUGCCAAUUUUAUACUUUUAUAUAAUAUUUAUACACGCAUGCACAUACAGAUACACACACUCAUAUUCUCUCUCUCUCUCUCACACACACACACUCUCUCUCUCUCUCUCACUCUCUCUCACUCUCACACUCUCACACUCUCUCACUCUCACUUCUCCCUAGCCAGAGAGAUUGGAUCUGUGUUGUCACCACUCAUAAUGUCAUUUAAAACAAUAAAUUUGUUAAUUGCUGGGA